AUGGAGAGAGAAUUUGGGAAUGAGUUCUCGCCGGCGUUCAACGUCGAUAACACUAGUAUUGACGGCAUGUACUCAGGUAUGAGUUUUCAGACUUUGUUGAGCGUGAAUCCCGAGAAGAUUCUGUUUCCUUCGCUCGACAAUGCUCUGUAUACUUCGCUGGAGUAUCCUUACGGAGCUACUACUUCGACGAUCUCAGAUCCGGUGACAUUCGGCUUUUCAAGCGAGGCUUUUCCAACGAUGAACGCUGAUGAUCAGAAGCUCAAGUCCGUCGGAUUUAUUCAAGAUUCACAGCUCAAUAACGGAGACUUCGCUGCUGAAGAGUCGUCAACUGAACCACCGUUCAACUUCAUAUUGAAAACUGAACCGUUCGACUUCAUUUCCCACUCAGAUUCGAGUUUUCGUCAACUACCGUAUCACCCUGGCUCUCUCGAGGAACUUCAAGACGAUUUUGCAAUCGCUGAGUCAUCUAACAAACGAGCCACAUCGUUAUCACUACCACAAAUCGAUCUGGACACUCUCAACUCAAUCAUCAGGAACUUCCAGAUGUCAAAUAACUUUGGUCCGUACAAACCAGUGGCCGAGCCGACUCGACGGCCUCCGUCAAGCGCUUUGGCACGGCAGCGAAGGCAAAGAAUCAGUGAAAAGACUCGGUGUCUGCAAAAGGUGCUGCCGUGGGAUAAGAAAAUGGACAUGGCAACAAUGCUGGAAGAGGCGUACAAGUACGUCCAUUUUUUACAGGCUCAAAUCAGGGUUCUACAGUCCAUGCCUUGUGAUUCGUUAAGUUUCGAGACGAGAAACCCAAUCAAUGUGAGUGCGUUCGGUGGAAUACUGGCAAAACUGAAUCGGCAACAACUUUUGGAGGUUCUGGUGAACUCGCCGGUGGCUCAGACGGCGAUGUACUCGCAGGGAUGUUGUGUUUACUCCAUCGAACAGUUGGUAUUGCUGAAGAAAAUUGCCCAGAGGAAGGCUCUCUAUCAACAGAUGUUCUACGAUCCUUCGUUGCUCCCUUGA